AUGAAGGAGCUCAAGACAGAAAGACUUGACAACGCAGGUCUGGUCGAAACACUUGAGUUUGAGCUGCAGCUCAAAAAGAGGGAGCUUGAGCAAGCUCUUGUGCCAAGCGACCAGCAGAGAGAAGAGCUUAGAAUCUUGGCCAAAGACUUCCAUCGCAUGCGCAACAAUAAGGACGUGAUUGACAGAAAUAUCGUCACCCUAGAAGAAGGUGACAAGAAAGAGAUAGAGAGAUGGAGAGAUGCGUGGUUUGAAGUGGAUAAGCUGCUAGAUAACGUGGCCAGACUCACGGCGACGGAACGAAUGGCAGAAGCCGCGGGGAACGAAGAGAUCGACCCCGGUCCAGACGCAGAGAAUCGACGGAAGCCGCGACACGUCGAAGAGAAAGACGCGCGGACCGGACGGGAGUGA